AUGGCUGAGAGAUACGCAUCGAGAUGGAAGGCGUUGAAACCGAUGGUAGCAGUAGAGGAUUCACCGUUUGGGGAGAAUGUUGUUGCGGCGGAAAAACAAAUGGGAGAAUGGCAAAAUGACUUUGCCGAGAUUCGAACCUUCGCGGAUACUCUUCGAAAUGAUUGCGAGGAAUUUGGUUUGCCUCUGCCGGAAGUUGAGAUAUAUGAUUCUCUUGAACGAGAGAUAUCCAAGGCUGUUUUAUCGUGGGAAAAUUUCUCCGAGUUCCGGACGAUUUUACACGGUUUGGGUGGAGAACUAUGGCUUGAUUUUCGUCCAAGGAUUAUAAGACUUGGGGAGUUGAUCGACAAAUGGCGGGGAAAAACUAAAUCGUCGGCGUGGUCGUCGGGUGAUCGAUCCACUUCGGUGGAGUUGUUGUUGAUGAAGUAUUUUGGAGAGCUCGAGGAGGCUUAUCCCGUUAUAAAGGCCUGUAUGGGGGGAGAGGCGUUUGAGAAAGAGCACUGGAAAGGAUACGAAAUUAGAGAAUUUGAUGGUUUCGGCGAUUAUUGGGAAUUGCAGAAGUAUUUUGGAAAACGAAUCGGCGAUUAG